UAGAGAGUGAAGCUGCUGCAUUUGCUUUAAUUAUUGUCGGCUUUUGCUUUUUCUCCACCUUCACCAUCAAUCUUAUCUGAACCAGAAAUCUUCGGAUUAGCGGCACGACCACGUCUUCCUUUUAGUGUGAGGCAAAAAAUCGAAUGUACAUCUGAGAUCUCUGUGUUUUUUUGGUUACGAAACCAUGGGGAGUGUCUCGUCGGAGGAAGGGAGUGAGGAGAGGUGCGGGAGUUACAGCCUGAGCGCCGACGUCAGCGAGUCGGAGAGCUCGGCAGACGGCGUGGAGGAAGACGAGGACGGUGGCGGCGCCUCCAGCUCCACCGGGUUUUCACCCUUCGUGGCCGGGAGUUCGGCGCCGUUGACGCCGGCGUUCAGUUUUCCCUUGAUCGGAGGCAAGGAUGCGGUGGUUUGGGACGAGACGCCGCAGAAACGUGGCUCCGAUUUGUCCGAAAUUGAGAUGAUGAAAGAGAGAUUUGCGAAGCUCCUACUCGGAGAGGACAUGUCUGGAGGGGGUAAAGGGGUUUGUACUGCCCUUGCCAUAUCAAAUGCUAUCACCAAUCUUUCUGCCACUGUAUUCGGGGAACUGUGGAGGCUGGAGCCCAUGGCUCCACAGAAGAAGACAAUGUGGUGCAGAGAGAUGGAGUGGCUCUUAUCUGUCAGUGACUCGAUUGUGGAGCUCGUUCCCUCCUUACAGAAAAUUCCUGGUGGGGGCACGUACGAGGUAAUGGCGACAAGGCCACGUUCUGAUUUGUGCAUGAACCUUCCAGCUCUGAAGAAACUAGAUGCCAUGUUGAUUAGUAUUCUUGAUGGGUUUCGUGAGACUGAGUUUUGGUAUGUGGAUCGAGGGAUAGUCGUGGAUGAGUGUGAUCAGUACUCAUCGGGGGUGUCUUCUGGUAGGCCUUCGGUUAGACAGGAGGAGAAGUGGUGGCUGCCCUGCCCUAAAGUUCCCGGUAAAGGGUUGUCCGAUGAUGCAAGGAAAAGGUUACAGCAGUGCAGGGAUUGCACGAACCAGAUUCUGAAAGCAGCUAUGGCCAUAAACAGCAACGUGCUAGCCGAGAUGGACAUUCCAACUGCCUAUAUGGAAACCCUACCCAAGAAUGGAAGAGAUUGUUUGGGUGACAUCAUCUACCGUUACCUAAAUGCCGAUCAGUUCUCUCCCGAGUAUCUUCUCGAUUGCCUCGACUUGUCAUCGGAGCACCACACAGUUAAUGUGGCGAACAGGAUUGAGGCAGCCGUGCACGUAUGGAAGCUGAAAGAAAGAAAGAAACACCCCAACAUUGAUAAACCCAAACGGAAAUCGUGGGGUGGUAAAGUGAAGGGCUUGGUGGCUGAUGGAGAAAAGAAUCAUUUUCUGGCUCAACGCGCUGAAACCCUGCUGCACACUCUCCGGCUCCGUUUUCCGGGUCUUCCACAGACUGCACUCGACAUGAGCAAAAUCCAGUACAACAAGGAUGUGGGGCAUGCAAUUCUGGAAAGUUACUCGCGGGUCAUGGAGAGUUUGGCUUUCAACGUAAUCGCAAGAAUCGACGAUGUUGUGUACGUUGAUGAUGCCACGAGGCAAUGUGCUGCUGCCGAGGUCCACUCGAUUUUCAACCGGGGAGGAGGGUUCAAUGGCCUGCCUGUACAGAAAAAGAUGUCCCCAAGCCCUUUCUCCAUUCAGCACACACCUUAUGCAUCUCCUUUCGCGACCCCAACUUUCUGCUCGUCCCCUCCUCAGCCAAGCAGCCCGAGUAAGACAGAUACACCACUCGACAAGAGUAGCACUAAAGCCCCAAACCACAGUAAAGACAACAACAAGGUGAUGCAGGCGGAUUUGGAUAAGCUGUGGUCGUAUGCUGGGAAUCUGAACCUUGGGUCAAGGAGGGUCACUGGGGAUGCCCCAGAGCGUGACUGAUUAAAUGGUUAAAUUAUAUGACAAAACUGAAGUUAGGGACUUGCCCGUCUUUCUAGUAUUUAUUCUGUAUAUGUGGUCUAGCGUAGUGUUUCGUAUUUUCAAGUUUUGACAUUCGUUUUCUUUUCUCUUUUAAGAUCUGGAUGGGGGGGUAUAGUUGGGGGGAAUUUGGUUUACUGUAAGUUUGAACAAUUUUAAUUUGUCAGCUUGGCUGUAGCUGAACUUGGAUGCUCCGUUUGAUGUCUUAACCUUACUUUCGGGACAAAGGUCCCAGGUUUGGUUUGGGUGUAGUGACAUUUAUCUGUAGUAAAAGAGAGGAACUUGAGAUUAGUCAGCCAAGUCUGUUUUAAUCAGGCCAAACUUUAAGGGUGCGUUUUAGUAAUUUUCAAGUAAUUGAUAGCUGUCUGGC